GUCCAACCCUCUGCGUCUUCCAGUUCAGUUUCCGAGAGUUCCUCAAGAUAUGGGACUCUGUAUAAAUUAUAAAAUGUGAUUUUGAUUUUUUGACAGUCUAACGAAUCAGUGUUGCCGCAUGGGUCAUAGAAUCACCCGAAGGAUCAUAAUGUUCAAGUUAAGAAAACAUUAUUUUAAUUAAUGCGCUUGAGUUCUUAGUUUGCAUCACUCUUUUGUCUGUGUGAGCUUCGAGGAAGAUAACCGUAGAUCUGAGUCGUGAACCAAGAGAUUUACCUUCUUUGAUUUUGUAUCAGGUUUAAGAAGCUCGUUGCUAUCAUCAUGUCAAGGAGGCCAGUACAUCCUGCUCGCGUUUCACCCGGUGGAGGAAAUGUACCCUUUGUGGCUUCAAUUCGGUCUAAAUCUCGCAACUCCCCCUUCCUAUCCAUUGGGCUUCUUGUCCUGGGCGCUAUCCUUCUCAUUGGUUAUUGUUAUAGCAAUUCAGGUGGGGCAGACGGUGGUCUGAAGGGGUUAAGUAAACUUGAAGGUGGUGCUACAUGCACAUUAGAAGUUAUAAAAGCAUUGCCAGUUUUGAAGAAAGCAUAUGGGGACAGCACACGAAAAAUUUUACAUGUUGGCCCUGAUACUUGUUCUGUGGUGUCUAGUUUGUUGGCAGAAGAGGAUACUGAGGCAUGGGGGAUAGAACCAUAUGAGUUAGAUGAUGUUGAUGCAGAUUGCAAGAGUCUUGUUCACAGGGGCAUUGUGCGUGUAGCUGACAUAAAGUUUCCCCUACCCUAUCGUGCAAAAUCAUUUUCUCUUGUUAUUGUGUCAGAAGCAUUGGAUUACUUAUCUCCGAGAUACCUUAAUCAAACUUUGCCAGAGUUGGUCAGGGUAUCUGCUAAUGGCGUUGUCAUCUUCACUGGAUAUCCAGGUGAGAUAAAAGCUGGAAGCAGAGAUGCGGCCAAGUUUGGUCGUCCGGCCAAACUGCGCAGCCCAUCUUGGUGGAUAAGGCUUUUUGUUCAGAAUAGUUUAGAAGAGAAUGAAGUUGCGGGAAAGAAGUUUGAACAGCCUUCACUCAAGGGUUCAUACACACCAGCUUGCCAAGUGUUUCACCUCAAAUCAUUCCCCUGAAAAUUUUGGUUUUAUAUCUUACAACCCAGCUCACUGUUAGAAAUGAUGCCGUCAGAGAGCAAAUCAGACACUCAAAGGGUAAUGCCCUUACUUAUAUAUUACAGAGGCUAUACAGGUCUUGUAUUUACAUUCUAAAUUAUGAUGCUGAUGAGAUAAUAUAGGCAAGUUUUCUGUGGGUCUAUCUAGGUUAGUUAAUAGGUUGAUGCCAAUGUCGACUCCUUGGUUUUAUGAUUUGUUGUGUAAGAACAGUACUGUAAAGUUUCUCAGAUAUUUGGUCACUAGAUUGCCAAAAAGCGAGCUAGGCCUAGCGGCAAGGGAAAAUCUCAACUUUUGGGAGUUUGUAUCAGAAUUCAGGUCUUGUAAGAUCAAUGAUCUCACUAAUGUAUUGAAGUCUCCUUCUGUUUAAUACUACUAUGCUAGUUGGAAUCUGGAA